AUGGCAGCUUCUACCGAUGCUGCCCAAUCACCCGCGGCACCUCAUGAGCCCCCAUGCACCUACACCGCCAACAACGGCUACGACAACAACGGCAAUGACGAGAUCCCCGCGGGGCUGCGCCAAGCACACGAUGCCCAGCUGACAGAACACGAACGAAUCCAAAACUACUAUCUCUACGGCGAAGGCGGCUCCGACCUUGAAGACUACGACGAGCCGGACGACGCCAUCCUCGACGGCGCCUCGGGCAACCUAACCAAGACCUACAACCGCCAAAAGCACCAGCAAGACACAAAUGGCGGCGCCGGAGGCUCCAACCCGCAAAAGCCCACGGCCAACACCUUUGCCAGCGUCGACGACCAGGUCGCCGAGCUCUCCAAGCACGCCUCCAAGAUCCGCCUCGACAACGUCAAGGACGGCGAGGAGCGCGUCAAGGACAAGGCCGACCGCGCUACCACCGACCAGGUGCUCGACGCCCCGACCAAGAUGACUCUGCUGCAGAUGAUCAACGGCGGCUUCGUCUCCGAGAUUCACGGCGCCGUCAGCACCGGCAAGGAAGCCAACGUCUACGGCGCCAUCCUCGUCGACCACGACGCCGACCCCGACGCAGCCCCGGCCGUCACCCACCGCGCCGUCAAGGUGUACAAGACGGCCAUCCUCGUCUUCCGCGACCGCGAGCGCUAUAUCGCCGGCGAGCACCGCUUCAAGGGCGGCUUCGACAAGGGCAACACCCGCAAGAUGAUCAAGCUCUGGGCGCUCAAGGAAUUCCGCAACCUGCGCCGCCUGCACGCCGCCGGCGUCCCCUGCCCGGAGCCCGUCGCCCUCAAGCAAAACGUGCUCGUCAUGGGCUUCCUCGGCGACCGCCGCGGCUGGGCCUACCCGCGCCUGCACGACGCCGCGCUCUCCGGCGACGACGUUGACGAGCAGUGGCACCGCCUCUACGUCCAGCUGCUCGGCCUGGUCCGCCGCAUGUGGCGCGUCUGCCGCCUCGUCCACGCCGACCUGAGCGAGUACAACCUGCUAUACCACGACGGCCGCAUCUUUGUGAUUGACGUAUCGCAGAGCGUGGAGCCGGACCACCCGCGCGCCCUAGAGUUCCUCCGCAUGGACAUCAAGAACGUCGGCGACUUCUUCCGCCGCCGGGGCGUCCGCGUCCUGCCCGACCGCGCCGUCUUUAACUUCGUCACCGCCGUCGAGGGGCCAACUGGAGAGGACGCAGAGGCGGCCGCGGCGGCCGUAGAGAAGCUGUACGACGCGGUUGACGAGGCCGCCGAUGAGGACGCCGCGGCCCGCGACGAGGUCGACAACGAGGUCUUCCGCAACCAGUACAUCCCCCAGACCCUCGAGCAGGUCUACGACAUUGAAAAGGACGCCGCCGCGGUCCACCGCGGCCAGGGCAAGGACCUGGUCUACAGCAACCUCCUCGCGGACCAGGUGGUCGAGGGCGAGGCGGGCGAGGCCGGGAGCAGCGCCGCCUCUGACGACGACGACGAAGGCGCCUCUCUCGGCAGCGGCGCUGAUGAGGGGGACGAUGAGAGCCGCUUCGAGAAGGGGACACCCCGCGGACACCGCUUCGAGGACAAGGACGAGAAGCGCCUCCGCAAGCAGGCCGUCAAGGAGGCUAGGCGCGAGAAGCGUUCUGAGAAAAUGCCCAAGUACCAGAAGAAGGCGCUCGUGGCCAGUUCCUCCCGGAGAAAGAAAUAA